AUGAGUCCCCACGCAGGGCUGGUGAGCCGCCUGCGGGCAACCUGGCUCUCAGGGAGGACCCGGCCCCUGGAGUACCGCGUGGGCCAGCUGGAGGCCCUGGGACGCUUCCUGGAGGACAAGAAGCAGGACAUCCUGGAGGCCACCGCCUUGGACAUGGGCAAGCCGCCCUUUGAAGCGGAGCUCGCCGAGAUCUCCAUGUGCAGGAGCGAGCUCAACCACACGCUCAACAACCUGGGUGCCUGGACGAAGGAUGAGCACGUGGAGAAGAGCUGGGCGACGCAGCUGGACUCGGCCUUCAUCCGCAAGGACCCCUACGGGGUGGUGCUCAUCAUCGCGCCCUGGAACUACCCCAUCAACCUCCUCCUGGUGCCCCUCCCGGUGGGGGCGGCGGGCCUGGUCCCCUGCCACACCAGGGGGGACUGCUUUGCCGUGGUGACCGCUGGCGUGGAGGAGACCACCAGGCUGCUGGAGAACAAGUUCGACUACAUCUUCUUCACUG